GGGGUGGGUUCCGUUCGUGGAGACAAAGCCGGGCGCGCGGUCUCUCCGUGGUACCCGGAUGGAGAUGAGGGGAACGCGCUCCCAUUGGCCGGCGAGGGAAGUAGGCGGGGCUAGUAACGGGGCCACAAAAUGGAGUCUCGCUCCCCUCCGCUUACAUAACGUGACCUUUCACCCUACGCGCUCUGCAGCCUAAAUUGUCCGCUGAGUGGGCGGGGCUAGCCGAGUAGACAGGCGUGCCACAUGGCCACUAGACCGUGUGUGGCCCAGACUGCGACCAAUCGGGCGGUGCCGUAGGCGGGAAGGCCCGCCUGGCGGUAAGAGCAGGUUAGGGUGCGCGCGCAGAGCUUCUGCCGGCCGCUCGCUCGGGAGGGGGGAGGGGAAUCUCCCGCCAUUUUUCAAUCCUCCCGCCCGGGUCCUACCGCUGCUGGGGUUGCUGUGGGGAGCCGCCAGGCCCAGCCGGGGCCACUUCGCUUCCCGUCAUGGCGCCGCUACUGGGCCGCAAGCCCUUCCCGCUGGCCAAGCCGCUACCGCCAGGGGAGGCGGGCGAGAGAUUCAUCAUCCCUCACACGCAGGAGGCCUUCCGCACCCGCGAAGAGUAUGAGGCACGGCUAGAGAGAUACAACGAACGAAUAUGGACAUGCAAAAGCACAGGAAGCAGCCAGCUGACGCACAAAGAAGCUUGGGAGGAGGAGCAGGAAGUUGCUGAGCUUUUGAAGGAGGAAUUUCCCACCUGGUAUGAGAAACUGGUACUGGAAAUGGUCCACCACAAUACUAUUUCCUUGGAGAAGCUUGUAGAUGCAGCCUGGCUUGAGAUCAUGACCAAAUAUGCAGUGGACGAGGAGUGUGACUUUGAGGUUGGAAAAGAGAAAAUGCUGCCAGUAAAAAUUUUGAUAGUACAUCCACUGGAGAAGGUGAAUGAGGAGGCUGCUGAGAAGAAAUCUGAUGGAACUUGUGAUUCCCCAUCCAGUGACAAAGAGAACUCCAGUCAGGUAGCCCAGGACAACCAGAAGGAGUCAGUGCUGAAGGAGGAUGACAGCAGAAGAGAGAUUAUGAGUGACCGGGCACGUAGGUCCCCUCGGAAACUUCCUACUUCUCUGAAGAAGGAAGAGAAGAAGUGGGUGCCACCUAAGUUUCUGCCACACAAAUAUGAUGUCAAGCUGCAAAAUGAAGAUAAGAUAAUCAGCAACGUGCCAGCAGAUAGCUUAAUCCGUACAGAGCGACCACCCAACAAAGAAAUCCUGAGGUAUUUCAUCCGCCAUAAUGCACUACGGGCUGGCACAGGCGAGAAUUCUCCAUGGGUGGUAGAAGAUGAAUUAGUGAAGAAGUACUCUCUUCCCAGUAAAUUUAGUGACUUUCUGCUAGACCCACAUAAGUACAUGACUCUCAACCCCUCAACCAAAAGGAAGAGCUCCGGAUCACCUGACAGAAAGCCCUCCAAGAAAUCCAAAACCGAUGGAUCUUCACUGGGCCAGCCACUGAGCCCUACGCUGUGGUGUCAUGUGCAUUUGAAGAAAUCUAUUAUUGGCUCUCCACUAAAAGUGAAGAACUCUAAGAACCCAAAAUCCUCCAAAGAGGAGUUGGAGGAGGUGAUGAAAAUAGUGUCUCCAGGCAAACUUGGUGCUGACUUCCACAUUCCUAAGAGGAGCCGACUAGGGAAGGGCAACGAGAAAUCCUUAGACAAGAAACUGAAAGGCAAAAGGGUCCUGAAUGGGCAGAAGUCCCCUGGGAAAUCAAAAUCACCCAGGAAAGGUCUGAAGAAUCCCAAGAUGAAACUGAAACAAAUGACACUACUGGACAUGGCAAAAGGCACCCCUAAGGUGUCUAGAACUCCUAAGAACUCAGCAGGGACUCCCAGGUCCUCCAGCAAACCCCAGAAACAUCUUCCUCCUGCUGCGCUCCACCUCAUUGCCUAUUACAAGGAAAACAAAGACCGGGAGGAUAAAAAGAGUGCCCUUUCCUGCAUCAUCUCCAAAACAGCCCGGCUACUCUCAAAUGAGGACCGUGCCCGCCUUCCUGAAGAGUUGCGAGGGAUAGUACAGAAACGCUUUGAACUCUUAGAGCACAAAAAGAAAUGGGCCUCCAUGACAGAGGAACAGCGCAAGGAGUAUCUGAAGAAGAAACGGGAGAAGCUGAAAGAGAAACUAAAGGAGAGAGCAAAAGAGCGGAAGGAAAAGGAGAUGCAGGAAAAACUGGAAAAGCAGAAGAGGUAUGAGGACCAAGAUCUUAAAGGAAAGAAUUUGCCUGCUUUUAAACUAGUGGAUACUCCAGAAGGACUUCCCAAUACUCUCUUUGGGGAUGUGGCCAUGGUGGUGGAGUUCCUGAGCUGUUAUUCAAGCUUACUGAUGCCAGAUGCUCAGUAUCCCAUUACAGCAGUCUCCUUGAUGGAGGCUCUGUGUGCAGAGAAAGGGGGCUUUCUCUACUUGAACCGGGUGCUGGUCAUUCUUCUGCAGACCCUGCUGCAGGAUGAAAUUGCUGAAGACUAUGCUGAGUUGGGAAUGAAACUCUCAGAAAUCCCCCUUACCUUGCAUUCUGUUUCUGAGCUUGUCCGCCUCUGUCUACGCAAGUCAGAUGUGCAGGAGGAAAGUGAGGUUUCUGAUAAUGUAGAUGAGAGCAAGGAUUCAGCUACCUUUGAGGAUAAUGAGGUACACGAUGAGUUUUUGGAGAAGUUGGAGACAUCAGAGUUCUUUGAGCUGACAUCUGAGGAGAAGCUGCAGAUAGUCACAGCACUCUGCCACCGAAUCCUAAUGACGUACUCCGUGCAGGACCAUGUGGAAGCAAAGCAGCAGAUGUCAGCUGAGCUUUGGAAGGAGCGGCUAGCUGUGCUGAAGGAAGAGAAUGACAAGAAAAGAGCAGAAAAACAGAAACGGAAAGAAAUGGAGGCUAAAAACAAAGAGAACGGGAAAGAUGAGAAUGGGGUGGGAAGGAAUGACAAGAAAAAAAUUGAGAUGGUAAAAACAGAGCAACAGAUGGAAAUAGAGGCUGAAGAUAUGAUCAGUGCUGUGAAAAGCAGGAGACUUCUUUCCAUUCAAGCCAAGAAAGAGAAGGAGCAACAGGAGAGGCAAAUGAGAGUAAAACAGGAGAAAGAAGCAGAGGAGGAGAGAAUCCGGAAGCAUAAAGCUGCAGCUGAAAAGGCAUUCCAAGAUGGGAUUGCGAAAGCUAAGCUGGUGAUGCGCAGAACACCAAUAGGAACUGACCGUAACCACAACAGAUAUUGGCUGUUUUCAGAUGAGGUUCCUGGCUUGUUCAUUGAGAAGGGCUGGGUACAUGACAGCAUAGACUACAGAUUCAUCCCUCGCCGUCAGAAGAAAGAGGAGGUGGUAGAUGAUGAUGAUGAUGACUACUACCCAAUGGAUAAGCGAAAGAACGUGGCUGCAGGUGGCAGAGUGAACACUCAUCAUAGAUCCAUGCAUGUUGCAGACAUUCCGAUAGAGACCACUGUACCCAAACAGGGACAAAACUUAUGGUAAUAUGCUUUCUCACGGCUGCACUUCUGUGCUUAUAACCAGACAGUUGGGUUCAGGAAAACUUGCUGGGCCAUUUAGUGUGGUCUCAGAAAUGAGGGGUCUCAACUUCAUAAGAGACAUGAGGUUCUGACCCACCUUGGUGUUUGGUAAAGACCAGUAUCUAGUAUAAAAGGGAGCUGUAGAUCAUUUCCAGUGGAAAAAAUUGAAGUGUGGAAAGCCAAAUGAAAACCUUUAAGGAGGCGACCAUUCCGUUUUGUUCACACACUCAGUGUAUUGUGGUUCUGUAGUGAAGUUAGAAACAAUUUUGUUUGAACAAAUGCUUUUUAUUCUUAAUGUAUGAUGGUCUCUUUGUAAUAGCCAUCUAAUUACAGCUAUUCCUUUUUCAGUUGUCCUGUUCAGUUGCUGAAUUAGUUUGGUAGCCUCUCAAUCCUAUACUUUGGAAGUAACAUGCGGUACUGGUUAUUGUGGGUAAUAGACGGAUGAGCCAAGAGAUAGUAAGACUUUGACUUGCUGCUGCUUGAAAGUUAGAUUUGUCCAAGAUAGAGUGAUUUUUAAAUCAGUAGAUUAAAAAAAAACCAGACUCGAAUAGUGUGGGGUUUUUUGUUUUUGUGUGUUAAAUUUUCUGAGAUUCUCAUUCUUUGGUACAGCGGCCAAAACAUUAUUUAUUCUAAUCCACUAAGAACAUGUCUGUCUACCUACAAUACUAAUCCUGUCUUUAAUACCAUGCACAUGAUCUUGCUUGAGAAGUGACCUUGCUUAAAUUAUAAUAGCCUGUGUGGUUCCUACUUGUGGUACAUGUGAGAUUGGAAUCUGUUUACCAACAGUGACCUGUGGGGCCAAGCUUGUGCCCUGCAUUUCCUUAUGCCCAUCCACCUGCUGCGGUGAAGGCACAUAGAGCAGAGUGGCCCCAACUGCCUGUUAG